CAAAUAAAUACCCACCAAAGCGUGAAAAGGUACCCAGACAGAGUUUCCUUCUCGCGGAAGCUAGGGUGAGCCAACGGCGAAGAUAGAGUCAGAUCGGAAGCGGAAGAAGGCGUCGACCUCGGCGGCGGAUCGGAAGAAGAAGAAAGAGAAGAUGUCGUCGUCCAAGGGCGGUGGCGGUGGCGGCGGCGAGGUUAGGGCUUCGCACAUAUUGAUAAAGCACCAAGGUUCUAGAAGGAAGGCCUCGUGGAAGGAUCCAGAAGGAAGCAUCAUCAAGAGCACCACCAAGGAGAGCGCCGUCUCUCAGCUCAAUGCCCUCCGCGACGACAUCGUUUCGGGCAAGGCUUCGUUUGAGGAUCUCGCCUCGCGCUUCUCCGAUUGCAGCUCCGCCAAGCGCGGCGGAGAUCUCGGUCCUUUUGGUCGUGGCCAGAUGCAGAAGCCUUUUGAAGAAGCAACUUUUGCUCUUCAAGUUGGUGAAAUUAGUAACAUAGUGGAAACUGACAGUGGAGUCCACAUUAUCAAGCGAACAAAAUGAUUGUUACACGGGGUAAUCUCCUAUUAGGGAGAGACAUUAACAUCUAUAGAAGAUUUCCAGAAUUCUUGUUCAGAUCAAUUAAACAUGGCUGUACCAUGUUUUUGGAUGAUAUAUUGUUUUCGCAACAAUUAAAAACAUGUGGUAUGCUUGUAAUUUUGAAAGACCGAGGUUUGGAUUCUAUUGGCCGCUGGAACAUCUCUCUCACUGAUACGUGAAUUUGUGGUUACAUCAGAUAAAUGUGGUCCGACAGUAAAAAUAGAAUGUAACUCAAGAUUCCUCACCCCUCUUGCCAUUUUUAUCUGUUUUGUCUAAUUCA